CUUAGUUUGGCAUUGGAGCGGUUUUUGUGAGAAGAAAGAGAUUAUUGCCCGCGUGUUUAUUUGUUAUUACUGAUCAUUUUAACUCUUUAAUCACAUAAACAAUGGAGUUUCUUGAAUAUAAUGAUGUUUCCGCAGAAAUCAAAGGCGCUAUGGUUCCAGGAAGAUUAAAGAUGACAGACCAAAACAUUGUUUUUAAAAACAGUAAAACCGGCAAAGUAGAACAGAUAUCAGCCAAUGAUAUUGAGCUUGUUAAUUUUCAGAAGUUUAUAGGUUCUUGGGGUCUCAGAGUUUUUAUGAAAAAUGGCACAUUACAUAGAUAUGGUGGCUUUAAAGAUGGAGAACAAGAAAAAGUAGCCAAAUUUUUCAAGUCAAAUUAUAACAAAGACAUGCUAGAAAAGGAACUCUCUCUAAAAGGUUGGAACUGGGGUACUGCAAAGUUUAAUGGUGCAGUUCUUAGCUUCAAUGUUGGAUCAAAUACAGCUUUUGAGAUCCCAUUACACUAUGUGUCACAAUGUAAUACUGGUAAAAAUGAAGUCACUCUUGAGUUUCACCAGAAUGAUGAUACACCUGUAUCCUUAAUGGAAAUGAGGUUUCAUAUCCCAACUAAUGAGCUGGCUGGAGACAUGGACGCUGUAGAGGCAUUCCACCAACAAGUGAUGAACAAGGCCAGUGUAAUAUCUGUCUCGGGAGAUGCUAUCGCAAUAUUCAGAGAACUCCAGUGCCUCACCCCUCGUGGUCGUUACGAUAUCAAAGUGUUCCAAACAUUCUUCCAACUGCAUGGUAAAACAUUUGAUUACAAGAUACCCAUGUCAACAGUACUCAGACUGUUCCUUUUGCCGCACAAGGACACCAGACAAAUGUUCUUUGUGGUUUCAUUAGAUCCACCUAUCAAGCAAGGGCAAACGAGAUAUCACUAUUUGGUUCUGCUGUUUGGUAUUGAAGAGGAAACAAGCUUGGAGUUGCCGUUUACAGAAGAGGAGCUCAAAGAGAAGUAUGAAGGUAAAAUAACAAAAGAACUAUCAGGGCCAACAUAUGAAGUACUAGCCAAGAUAAUGAAGGUAAUCAUUAACAGACGGGUUACCGGACCUGGUGAUUUCUUAGGGCACCACAAGACGCCAGCGAUCGCAUGCUCGUACAAGGCUGCGGCUGGUUAUUUAUACCCAUUAGAGAAAGGCUUUAUCUACGUGCACAAGCCUCCAGUGCACAUUCGAUUUGAAGAAAUAGCCUCUGUCAACUUUGCCAGAGGUGGUGCUUCCUCUACCAAGUCAUUUGACUUCGAGAUCGAGCUAAAGUCCGGUAGCAUCCAUACAUUCAGCAGUAUCGAGAAGGGUGAAUAUGAUAAACUCUUUGACUACAUCACGUCCAAGAAACUACAUGUCAAAAAUACUGGCAAAAAUGAUAAAGCUCUGUACGAUGACGACUUCGGCGACUCCGAUACUGAGAAGGAGCCGGACGCGUACUUGGCCCGCGUCAAGGCCGAGGCCAAGGAGCGCGACUCUGACGACAGCGACGGCUCCGACGAGAGCACAGACGAGGACUUCAAUCCCGAUAAGGCUAAGGAGAGUGACGUCGCUGAAGAAUACGAUACCAAUCCUUCAUCGUCAGAAGACUCAGACGCCUCAGGCGCCUCUAAUGACAGCAAAAAAGAAAAGAAGAAGGAGAAAAAACCAAAGAAGACCAUUACCAUAUCGGAAGCACCCCGCAAACGCAAAGAGAAGACGAAGAAACGCGAGAAGGACGCUAACGCCCCCAAGCGGCCGGCGACCGCGUUUAUGUUGUGGAUGAACGAGAACCGCAAGAGUAUAGUGGACGAGAAUCCCGGCAUCAAGGUCACCGAGAUAGCCAAGAAGGCCGGGGAACUGUGGCGGGAUCUGUCAAACAAGAGCGAAUGGGAGGAGAAAGCGAGCAAAGCGAAGGAAGAAUACAAUCAAGCAAUGAAGAAAUACAAGGAAAGUGGCGCCGCUGACGAGUUCAAACAGAAAAAGAAGCAAGCCGAGAAAGAACGGAAGGUGUGUAUUUUUCACCCUUAAUAGCUGUUAUUAAAUUAAGCACUUUAUUUCAUUACCUCCGUGGCCGUGGCGCACUCUCCGAUUUUGAGGUGUCGCUAU